AUGGUGUAACCAUCAUAAAAUCAGGUGUAAUCGAAAGCUUUAAAUAUUCAAUUGAUUUCUUUAACAUAACCUAAAUUUAUAACGAAAGCGAUUGAACACGUGUAUUUGCGUUGACGCGCAGAGAUCAAGAUACUUUUUUAUUGGACAUAAUUUAUAUUUAAUUUAUACACAAUUGUGAUUAAGAAAAAUAAACUAUAAUUAGUGAUAUUUCUGAAAAAUUUCAUAGAAUUAUGUCUGAAACAGAAAACAAAGAAGUUUAUAUUGCAUAUGACUCGACUAUGCCAGAAACAAACGAAAAUAAAAUCUUCAAUUGUGCUUAUUCGGAUAUUACAGAUGAUUCUAAUGAUAGUAAAAGUAUAUUACUGGAAUCGGUAAGAUUUAAUAAUUAUAUUAUAGAUACGAAUGUAUUUUAUCCAUUAAAUAAUGAAGCACACGAAACACAUGAAGCAUGUGAUUCUACAUCUGAACCGAUAGAAGAAAAUAAAUAUCAAAAAAUAAUCCAUUCUGAUAAAGCUAUUACUAACAUUGAAUGUAUUAGUACAGAACCUAUUAAUGAUGACAAGGUUGAAUGUAUGGCUACAGAACUUAUUAUAAAUGAUAAUGCUAAACAUGUAGAAAUUAUUACUGAAGAAGCCAAUAAUCUUGGCAUUCACAUUUCUACCAUGCAUAAGGAUAAUAUAAUUUCACAUAAAAUACCAGAUAACAAAACAACUUCAUCUCUUUCUGCAAUUGCUGUAGAAUAUGAUUCUGAUAUAGAUAAUGAAGAUAGUGUAUACACUGAUACAAAUAAAAGUUUGCAUCUUAAUAAAAGUCAAAAUAAUGAAAAUAUAGAAAUCUUAAAUUGUGAGAAUACAAAUGUGUAUCGUGUAAAGAAUGAACAGUUAUCUAGUAAAGAUAGUGAUAGUGAUAGUGAUAGUGACAAUGAUGAUUUUAGCAAUAGUAGUGAUUCAUCGGUAAUAGUUUUACCAAACGAUUCAGAUGAAAAUAGUGACAGUGAAACAAAGAGAAAUAAACUAAAUGAUAAAAAACAAUCUAAGGAAAAGGAACUAAAAAGUGAGUUAGAUGAUCUUCCUCCAAUAGAAGAUCUUAAAAUAUCUGUAUCUGAAAACUCAUGUGAUUUAGUUGGAGAAGUUGCCUGGAUGGUUGAACAAUUAGUAGUUGUCCGUCCUAAAGCUAAUAAACCAACUCUUAAUUUAGAUACUGUUCUUUUUAUUGAUAAAGGAAAAAGAGCAUUAGGCAGGAUAUUUGAUGUUUUUGGACGAGUUUCUGAUCCACAUUACUGUGUACGAUUUAACAGUCCUGCACAUAUAAAAGAAAAUGAAAUUAGUAUUGGCAUGGAGGUUUAUUAUUGUCCAAACUCGCCAUAUACAUCUCUCGUCUUUUUACAUGAAUUAACUAAAAUGAAAGGUACUGAUGCUGUUGAUGAUGAUGAGGCUCCAGAUUUUUCUGAUGAUGAAGAAGAAAGGAAAUAUUAUGAAAAUUUAAAACAGAAGAAAGUAAAUGAAAUAAUUAGUUCAGAAGAGAAUACUCCACAUAAGCGAAGACGCAAGUCAAUAUCGAGUUGGCAGUCUAACCAUCCUUGGAAUAGAAACAUAGUAAAAAAUUUUAAAGGAAGGAAAUCUCAUGUUAGGAAGAAUGAUAAUUCUGCUAUAUCUAAUUCAUAUAAUUCACCAUGGACAUCAUUUCCAUAUUUUAAUAAUUUAAAUUACACAUCUAAUUUUCAACAAAUGCAUUCAACGCAUAGUGGACUUUAUGGAUAUAUGCCCUAUUCAAAUAACUUGCAAACUAACAGUACAAAUCAAAAUUCCAAUAAGUACAAUAUCAACCCUCAAUGUAUUAACAUCAGCAGGAAUGAAACAACAAUACCAAACCCUAAAAUCCCUUUUGAAAUGCUUCCUAGGUUUCAAUCUGCUGCAUCAGUUAGUGUUAAUAGACAGAAUACAUUUCCAACUCCAAAUAUAAGAUAUCCACAUACAGAUAUAUAUUGGCAAUCACAAACUUCAUAUGUAACUUCACCUUUAUCAUUUUUACCUCCACCACCACCACCUCCACCUCCACCUUCCAUAGAACAAAAUCAUGAUACUUUACAAUAACAAUGUAUUAAUGUCAAAUGAAAAUAAUAAAAUUAUAAAUAAAAAAUAUUGAAGAUCUAACCAUA